AUGCUUGACUCAAAUGGGAGGCCUAAUUGUAAGCGUCUUCCUGGAUUUAGCUUUUCUGAUCCAAGCAAUGAGUUCAAGGGUUGUGAACGUGAUCCAAUCCAAAGAUUUAACCUGGAUAAUACUAAUCUGCAGGAUCUGUAUGAUAUGUAUACUUUAGAUAACAUAUUUUGGCUUAAUUCUUCAAACUAUGAGGAGCUGCAGUUCUUUAACCCAGAUGAAUGCCAAAACUCUUGUUUGUUUGAUUCUAAUUGUGUGGUUGCAGUAGAAAAGUCAGGAACCUGUUAUAAAAAGAAGUUGCCAGUUUCUAACGGAAGGAGGGAACAAGUUAACAGCAAGGCCUUUGUUAAAUUGCUGAUAUCUAGUAUCCCAACCGGUGAUUUCCCAUACUCAACAUCAGAUAGGGGACAUAGGAAGAAAGAUAAAAGACCAAAAUUUGUUGAUUCAUCAAGCAUCCCGGAGACAAAUUUGAGAAAUUUCACUUUCCAAGAGCUUAAGGUAGCAACAGACAGUUUCAAGCUAGAACUUGGAAGGGGUGAUUUCGGCACAGUUUAUAAAGGAGAGUUUUCGUCUUCAAACUCAAGAACUAUUAUAGCAGUCAAGAAACUAGACUGGCUAGCAAAUGAUGGUGAGAAUGAAUUCAAAACUGAAGCCAGUUCAAAGCAAGAAUGGGAGAAAAGAAUCAGAAUUGCAUACGGGAUUGCAAGAGGGAUCUUGUAUUUGCACGAGGAGUGCGACACACAGAUUAUCCAUUGUGAUAUAAAGCCUCAAAACAUCCUGCUGGAUGAUUCAUUUGAAGCAAGGAUUUCUCAUUUUGGAUUGGCAGAAAUUUUGAUGAAGGAUCAAACUCGGAGUCUAACGGGGAUUAGAGGGAUCCAAGGCUAUGUUGCACCAGAGUGGUCCAGGAACACAGGAGUGACUGCCAAAGUGGAUGUUUAUAGCUUCGGCAUUGUUUUAUUAGAAACUAUUUGUUGCAGGAAGUAUAUGGACACUCAUACUACUAAUCGAGUGGGUAUAUGA